AUGUAUGGUAAAUAUGUGGAUAAAAUUGGACUUAAAUCUUCUGUUGUGAAUCAUGGAAGUCCGGGAUUAAGCUAUGAAAGCUAUCAGGAGAUAAUUGAGAAUUUGGAAAAAGAACAGAAGCUUGUCUCAAACAAAAUAGAAGAACUUGAAAAUAACUCUAAGCAAUUAAGUGAAGAGUGUUCUAUCUUAAAUAAAAAGACUGAAUUAGUAAGAGAAAAAGAGAAGGAAGAUAAUGAAACUUUGAUUAAGAUUAUGGAAGAGAGUGAAGAAUCAGAAAGACUCUAUGAAAAUCUACAAGUGGAACUUAAAAAUAAGAUUAACGAACUGGAAACAAGGAUCGAACAGUUAUCCAAUGAUUUGGAGUAUGAGAAGUCAGUAGGCGACAAUUUGAAGUCUCAAUGUAAAGAUCUGGAGUCUAUUAAACUGAAUACUCAAGCGAACCUUAAUAUAUUAACUGAGAAGCUGAAGAUAAAAUAUUGGGCAAAUAGCGCAAGACUUUCUUUAGCACAGCAAAUAGAAUUGGCAAAUCAAGAGAUACUAUCUUGGAAAUAUAGAUUACAGAGAUGUGCUGCUAACAUAAAUAAUGAAAGGAAGAAACUGUUUAAUAUGGUACAAGAAAUAAGAGGUAAUAUUCGGGUAUUUUGUAGAAUAAGACCAUUAUUACCAUCUGAAAACAAAGAUUCUUGCAUACAAUAUGAUAUAUCUGAAGAUGACUCAACAAUAACAAUAAAAAAUAAUGGUAACCGUGGUUCUAGUAUAUCAGCAUUUUCAUUUGAUCGUAUAUUCCUUCCUAAGUGCUCACAACAAGAUGUAUUUGAAGAAGUAUCACAACUCAUUCAAUCAGCUUUAGAUGGAUAUAAUGUCUGUAUAUUCUCAUAUGGACAAACUGGCAGUGGAAAGACACAUACAAUGUUAGGUACACCUAAAGAUGAAGAUAUUGGAAUGAUUCCAAGAGCAUUGAAUUUAAUUUUUUCAACAAUUAAGGAUAUGAAAACUAAAGGGUGGAAUUAUAGGAGUGAGCUAAGUGCAAUGGAAGUUUACAAUGAAAAUGUUCGUGAUCUUUUACAGGAAAGUAAGGGUAAACAGGCUCCAGAAUUGCGAUUGGAUCAGAAAGGUGGCAUAUCUAUAACUGGUCUAUAUAUAAAAGAAGUAACAAAUGCAGAACAAGUAAAUAAGAUGUUGAGCAUAGCACAAGGAAAUAGGGCAGCUGCUUCAACUGACAGUAACGAGAGAAGUUCAAGAUCACAUAGCAUUAUCCAAUUAAAAUUAAUAGGGGAAUUUACUUCACCUACUCAGAGUGAAAAUGAAAAUGAGAAUUUCCUAUACUCAGGUCAGAAAACUAAUUAUAAAGUAACAUCGACACUAUCACUUGUAGAUUUAGCUGGAUCAGAGAGAGUAAAUAAGAGUAAUGUUACUGGAGAUAGACUAAAGGAGACACAAUAUAUUAAUAGGUCUUUAAGCUCAUUAAGGGAUGUCAUUUUAGCUAUAGCCCUAAAAAAAGAUCAUAUACCAUAUAGAAAUAGCAAGUUAACAAUGUUACUAAAAGAUUCAUUGGGUGGUAAUAGUAAAACGGCGAUGUUUGUUCAUAUUUCACCGGUAUUAUCUUCAUAUAGUGAAUCUUUAAGCUCACUUAGAUUUGCUACAACUGUUCAAACAUGUGAAAUAAAUUGCCCAAAACGCCAACAUAUACAAAAUCAAGAUAGCUAA